AUGAUGGUUUUUUCCCCGACGACGACGACAGCAGUUGGAAUGAUCAAUGUACCAUCAUCGUCAAUACAUACGGGAGGAAUGCACAUGGCCCAUUUUCAACCACCACCUCGCUCAAUGAAUCAUCAGUACAAUAAUUAUCAUCAACCUCAAUAUCGAGAAAGCACUCAUCCAGAGCUGCCGUUGCCCUCUCGGAAUGUAAAAAUUUCAACAGCUGCCAGCAAACAAAAUGACCACACAUCAACACUUCGAGGUUCAGUGGAAAGUAUUAAACGGAUAGCAACUCGUGGUCAGCAACGAGAAGUUCGAUUUAUGGAGAGUCAAGAAGAUCCAUCGUCGAGGUUGAGACAUUCAGUUGGCAAAUACAAAUCGACAGAUUCGCUGGUAAUUGACUUGUCUUUAAUUGGAGAGGAUUCCGAAAGCACAGCAUCAUCACCGUCAACAGAACAUCAAGUUGAUUCAACGUUUUCUCCAUCCACAAAUGCUCCAACCUCAGGCACACACUUUACAACAGGCUUAAAAUCAAUGGCAUCAUCUGAGUUUUCAUCGUUCAAUACCAACUUUCACGAUUACAGCGCAGGAUCUGAACAUUCUUCAUUGAUGGAUUUUACUUUUGAUCUGGAAACCGAUGCUGAGGAGCGAUUAAAAGGAUUGAUAAAUCAAUUGGAUGCAAAACUAUAUGGAUUAAAACAUGAGCCAACACGGCAGCAUUCACCACUAAAAUCUACAAAACGAAAAUCAAAACGGUUCCAAGAAAACGUAAAAACAGAAAAGAAAACUCUAGAAAAAAUAGCAUCUCAAUGGUCAUCAACAUUUCCCCAUUUAGCAGUUACUGCAGUUUCUUUUGGAGAAAUUAAAGAUCAGGACUCUUUACAUACAAGCGUAGAUGUAUCUCGCUCAUUUGAAUACGACGAAGUAAAUGGGGAGUCACAAAAAUUUAUACCUAUCAGUCCUUUCGGAGGUGUCGUUGAGGAAACAAUUGCAGAAGAUGGAGAAUAUGAAGAACUCAUAGUAAUGGAUCAAGGAAAUAAGAGAUCAGUACCAACUCCUCUUGACGCUGAUUCCUUUCUUAAUAGAUCCACACCUAAUUUUACUGCCCACCAAAGAAAACCAAAAGAAUCACCUCAAAGUCCUUUAUCCACCCAGUUUUCAGAAAGAAUUAGAGUUCAGCUCAAUAGAGGCUUUCCUCCAUUGGAACCUCAUUCUGCAUUGUUUUAUGAAGCUCAGUGGGAAGUUUUUGAUAACAUUUGGAAAAGAGUAGUUCCCAAAAUAGUAGAGUGUUUUAAAAUGCACCUCAACGAGUCUUCUCCAAAGAAGAAAACUCUAGAAACAAAAGAUAAUUCACCAAGUAAUACUGUGGACGUUAUUUACAUCAACGAUAAUUAUAGUACCAAGUUUAUUGAAGAGCUAGAGAACAUUGAGGAUGAUGAUUCAUUUGAUCGAUCUAUGACUCCUUUUUCAGCCAUGACGACCAUCAGCUCUGCGUCUUCAUCAAAAAAUUUAAAGUUUUCACCUGGAUCAAAAGAGCGAACGGAUAAGAACAAAUCUGAUCUCAAUAAUGCUGUUUUGAUCAGCUCGUUACUUCCAAAACCAAGAAGAAAUAGUAGCUUUGGACUAUUAUCUAUUAUCAAAGGCAAUGAAAAAUAUAUUGGAAAUCAUGAAAUUCCAAAAAUGUCCAGAGAAAAUAGCCAGCGCAAUAUUGAGGCAAACCAAAAACAAUUUCCAGUGCGACACCAUCAGCAUUUUACUGGUGGAUUUCGUCCAAAUCAUACAACCAACCAAUCCAUAACUCCAAAACCUCCUCUUCCGCAUAACAGUAUUAAGCAUUCCCUUAAACCAGAUCCAAUUUCCAAUGGUGACCGAGCUCAGUCAGCCAUGCCUUCCUCCUUCAACAAACUAAUUAUUCUCGAAAAUGACAACAAAAUCAACAACUCCUCUAUCAAGCUUAAUAGCUUGGUCUCUCUCACACAAACCAAUCCACCUAACGGAAGCAGACCACAAACGCAGUCUCAAUUUUCAAAGAAAAAUCCUUCCCUUGCCAAUAUUUUCAACCCCGAUGUAAAUAUUAACAGAAUGGAGCAAUAUUCCAAUGAUCAAGGUAUAAGACGAGCAGAUCUCUCUUCCCCUUCUAUUGCAAAUUCAACUGUGACAUAUCAAACAACGAAACGAAAAAACCCAAAGCAAACCAAACCAACCAGAGAAAAGGUUCGAUAA